AUGGCCUGCGCGCAAAGCAGUAGUAACUCAUUCGAUGAAAAUCGGCAACAAUUGAUACUUUCAACAUUCCCAAAUAAAGUUUGCUCACGUUUGUUUCAGAUCAAUUUAAUCAUCUGUUCGGCGACAAUAUUCAUUUGUAUUUAUGUCACUGCCGUAUCAAUUCUGAAACGGCCCAUAAUAUACCCACUGAUUAAUCUGAACGCAAAUGUCACAAUUAUUGAUACAGUCGAUCAUACACAGUCGGCGAUUUCUGUCGUGUUGAUAUGGAUUGCUGCACUUAUUGCCGGACGUAUCACCACAUAUUUACGACUUCCAAGUUUGCUUGGUGUUCUUCUAUGUGGUGUUGCGCUGCGAAAUAUUCCCUUCACCGCCCAAUAUUUAUUCAUCGAUGGAGGCGUAAAUAACUUCUUAAGGAAAUCAGCAUUCGCUGUUAUUCUCAUACGAGGUGGCAUAGGACUGGAUUGGGUCGCGCUCAAAAAGACUAAGGGUGUAAUUUUUCGAUUCGGUGUUCUGUCGUCGGUGUUUGAAGCGUUGGUGAUCGCACUGGUCGCAUAUCCCAUAUUCGGAAUGUCCCCCAUAAUGUGCAUCGUAUUUGGAAUUUGCUAUGAAGGGUUGGUAAAUUUCAAUUACAGUAUGACACUAGCGGCCACAUCCCCGGCCGUUACUAUACCAACAAUGUUGGGAUUGAGCAAGAAGGGCUACGGUAACGAUUCGGGCGUUCCUACAGCUAUUUUAGCAGCAGCUUCGAUCGAUAACAUGAUUUGCAUAACGUUGUUCAACGUCUUUUUGUCGCUCAUAACUGAAAACGAUUCGACUUCUCUAAAGAUCGGUCUGCUUGUAGUUCAAAUUAUUGUCGGUAUUAUUGUUGGUUUCGGUGUGGGUUUCCUCUUGUGGGUAUUCCCUCGAAGAAAAUCACGGCAAGUGCACUUCACACGUGUGGCGCUGCUGUUUUGGUUGUGUAUGAUGUUCAUCUUUGGUACACAAGCGAUUAGCUGGGACAGUGGCGGUGUUAUUGCGACCAUUUUGGCCAGUUUCAUUUGCUCGGUCCGUUGGAAAGCGGAUAAUCCACAAAAAGAUGACAAAGAAUCUGAAGCGUUUGCACUGAUGUGGAAUCUGGUCGGAAUGCAAGUUAUGUUCGCCACAAUCGGUUUUGAAUUUCAAUUUAGUGAGGUAAAUUCUAAAACUACUGAAUCGACUUAA